CUAAAAUCGCUUAGAGACUUGCUCGCCUCAUGAAUCGAACCCGCGAUCUCUGCUCGAGAAAUGGGACGUCUUUGUUAUUGAUCCGUUCAGCUCGAUCGUGCGAUGACGUUUGCUUAAAUUACGUUUCGAACGAGACACCGACGGAGGAGCAUAGGGUAGACAAUCAAGAAACCGAGAGGCAACAUCACGCAGAUGCAAAAGAUUUCACCAUGGAAGAGGAGGAUCUGAGUGCUUAUUCCAUGCCCUGCCCUUCAUCGACUCCCCCGAACUACUUCCGUCCGUAGAAGGGGCACGUUGUCGGGUUUUGGGUGCCUACGACUUUGCGAGGGUGAAUCCUGGCGACGUAGCCCUUCCCCUCUGUUGGAUAAAUUCGUCAAAAAUCGUUCCUUUUUCGCUUUUCUUGCUGAAAAUCGACAUCUUUGGGAACUCAGGGAGCGUUGCAUGACUCUCCCUCCGACACACGCACGCACUUGACAACCCUUUGGAGAGAGAGAGAGAGAGAGAGAGAGAGGGGAGCGCAUUGGAGUUUGCUCAGACUCGGGUUGGCAUAAUCGCCCCCUUUCCUAUAUAUUUUAUUUCUUCCCUUUUCAUCUCUUCGGACCUUCCAAUGAUAUCAACUAUAAGACCCAAAUAGCUGUUUCUUCAUUACUCCCCCAUCCGUCGAUCUCUCUCUGUAAUGGGUUGUUUGGGCAUGCCUGUUCUGUCGCAAUAAGCUGAGAAGGAGAGGAAAAAUCCGAACUUUUGUCUCGCCACAGCACGCAGCGCUUGGUGUAUGUGCGCGUUAGAGGCACUGCAGACAUUGUGUUUGUUUGUUGCUCCCACAGAGAGAGAGAGAGAGAGAGAGAGAGAGAGAGAGUCCCAAGUGAUUUUUAAAUGGCCAAUGCGUCUGGGCUGUUUUCUCCUUCCAUACCCACCCUGAGAAUGAAGAUUCAGCCUUCCAUAGGAGUUUCUCGAUCUGGGUCUUGCUCGAAUAAGGUCGUGCUCCGGCGGAUACUGUGCGGCAGCGCCAACGAGAAGCAUGCUUCGGGCGUUGCGUCUUCUGAAUCUCGAGUGCCUAAGGUCAUUGGUAAAGGCUGCAAGUUAAUUGGAUGCGGCUCGGCCAUUCCAACUCUUCAGGUUUCAAACGAUGAUCUUUCAAAAAUUGUUGACACUAAUGAUGAAUGGAUAGCAGCUCGCACUGGGAUCCGCAAUCGCCGUGUUCUGUCAGGCAAGGAUAGCUUGACAGGUUUGGCCGUGGAGGCAGCGAGGAAAGCUCUAGAGAUGGCACAGGUUGAUCCUGAGGAUCUGGACCUAGUCUUGAUGUGCACGUCUACGCCAGAGGAUCUUUUUGGCAGCGCUCCUCAGAUUCAAAAAGCACUUGGUUGCAAGAAUAAUCCUUUGGCUUACGACAUAACAGCUGCAUGCAGUGGGUUCGUGCUAGGUCUGGUCUCAGCUGCUUGUCACAUCAGGGGAGGCGGGUUCAACAAUGUCCUAAUUGUUGGCGCGGAUUCUCUUUCACGUUAUGUUGAUUGGACUGAUCGAGGGACCUGCAUUUUAUUCGGUGAUGCUGCAGGUGCUGUAGUGAUGCAGGCCUGUGAAGCUGAGGAGGAUGGUUUAUUCGCUUUUGACUUGCAUAGUGAUGGAGAUGGUCAAAGGCAUCUAAAUGCUUCUGUCAAUGAAAACGAGACCGAUCAUGCCUUGGGUACUAAUGGUUCGGUAAGAGAUUUCCCUCCGAGGCAAUCCUCAUAUUCCUGCAUCCAGAUGAACGGCAAAGAGGUUUUCCGUUUUGCUGUGCGCUGUGUGCCACAGUCAAUCGAAUCUUCCCUCGAGAGGGCCGGCCUUACUGCAUCUAGCAUCGACUGGCUGCUGCUUCACCAGGCAAACCAGAGGAUCAUUGACGCUGUAGCAACACGUUUGGAAGUCCCUCAGGAGCGUGUCCUCUCGAAUCUGGCAAAUUACGGUAACACAAGCGCUGCAUCAAUCCCCUUGGCCUUGGAUGAAGCUGUUCGUGGCGGAAAGGUGAAGUCGGGCCACAUGAUAGCGACUGCAGGUUUCGGAGCUGGCCUAACUUGGGGGUCUGCCAUCAUUAGAUGGGGAUAAAGCUUCACAACUUCACAAGGCAAUCGCCGAAUUCUUGCAUCCAAAUUUCACAAUUUCUCUUAGGGAGGUAGCAAUUUUGUUCAUUUGAACUCCAACGAUUCAAAUAAAAUUGUAUAUUUGUCCUUCAA